AUGCAGCCCAUCGAGUACUACCAAAUUGGUGGUUUCAGAGCGCACCUGAAAGACAACUCCAAUGAUGCUCUCACCGCGAAGCUAAUGAGAGAUGGUGUUGAGGCGGAUUUUGUACUAGGUAUACAACCUUGCGGGGCGUCCAGCCUGCUUCUGCCUUGCACGAAAUUUACCAGGCUGCAUCUUGGAAGACCGCGCGAUCCCCCGCGGUACGCGUCGGAGUACGAGUCGCUCUCCCCGAUCCAGUUCGCUACCAAAAGAGACCUGAGCGCCAAGUUUGCCAUGCUCGUGUCGAACAAGAAGACUACCGAUGGGAUACCACGCGACCGGAGCAAGGCAAACACUGCGUACACUGUCGGGGGAAACUAUCUCUCAGAGAUCGGGAUAGCGCGGUCGUCCUUUGAGCACCAGAGGGUGUUCUACAGACUUUGCCAGAGUACCAUCGAGAGGCCGAUUGAUUACGCCCUCAACCUAGCUCCCUGGUUCAAGAGUGUUCGCAUGUUCUCACUCGCAUUCAACACCUGGGCGUCAGAUACGCGGUCGCUACCUGAGCGAGAAGAGGAUCCCCAAGUACUGGAUGUCGGCUGGACGGAGUUCGUUGCGCCUAACGACUCUGCCGACCUCACUGCGCUGUCCACAUCCCACUACGUAAUCGAAGAGCAGCGAUUUCUGGGCAACCCCGGCAGGAAGAAAUUGUCGCUUCCAGAUAUUACCCAGAGCAUGACACGGGCGACUAUCGCGACUCUUUUGCAAGACGUGUUCGCACCCUCACGCGAUGGAGCGCCGAAACCGCCCAUGAUUCUCCUCGUUCAUGACGCCAAGAUGACGCGUUGCGUUCUAAAGAGCUUUGGCGUCGACACUUCCCAAUGGAGGGCUGGGAUCAAGGACUUGUUGUACUUCCCAGACGCCCGUGUCACCCCGAGACAGACCUCGUACCAUGAAAGCAAGCGCGACGUCCGCGAUUAUUCUGCGAAGUGGAAACGCGAACGGUCGCGUUCGCCGCGUAGAUCGAAUGCUGCGAGUUAUCCUCCCCGUCCGCGAUCUCCGCCGCAGCCCCAUGCGCCGCCGCCUGUGUACCUAGUCGACGUCCAGCAGAUGUAUCAAAACCUCAUGCAGGUCCCGAAGAACGAGUCAAUCAUGGCGCAUGCCCUUAUGUUUGCCGUGCGCGAUACUGCCCCGGUAAGAGGAGAGGACGAUACGGUCAUCUACGAGGAUGUCGAUCCUCAGAGCUGGCUCAUUGGAUACGUUUGGGAAGAGAUGGCGAACUCGAUCGCGAUCGACGAGCAACGCGCGUCACGACAUCUGUUUUCCAAGGAGGAACUGAUCGAGGUCUACCCGGGAGCACCUGGAGGCGCAGGAGGGGACGACGACGUGGAUCCGAACGAUAUAGUGCAACCCGGAGCGCACUCCGGAAACCCCACGCCCGCGCCGAAGCCGGUGGGCAUGUACGAUUCCGCGUCGGAGGACGAUGAGUGGUGAGAUAGCG